AUGUAUACCUAUAAGUCCACAUAUAGACUGGGUAUAUGUCCCGGAAAGGGCUCCAACCAGGUCCGAAAACUUGCAGAUACUGUCAAAAGUUUGAACACUAGCAGUCACCUUCAAACUAUACUGCUACACCAGUACCCACUAGGGCUACCCAAAGUAGCAGAUUAUAGUCAGGACCUACACAUCUACGUCAAGUCUGGUAGUCAGUUGGUGAUAUACGUUAAGACAGUAAAUGAUAAUUUCGAUUUAGUAUAUGCCGAAAUUUCCAUGAAGUUAUUUGGUGGAUAUUUUCCGUGGGAAGGAACGAUACAAGUUUACCACAAUGGUGUUUGGGGGACAGUAUGUCAUGACAGCUUUAGCACCUAUGAAGCGAGGGUGGUUUGUAGAAUGCUCGGUUAUGAUUUAAGUUCUGCAGCUGCCUAUAGUAGCGCACAUUUUGGGCGAGGUUCUGGACCGAUUUGGUUGGAUGAUCUCGGAUGCAAUGGUAAUGAAGCAGAUAUUGACCAAUGCAGCAAAUAUGGUAACAAGUGGGGUAUGCAUAACUGUAACCACAAUGAAGAUGCAGGUGUAAGCUGUGAUUAUACACACAUGGAAGUAAGACUUAUAGGCGGCGGAGGUAAUUAUGAAGGCACAAUUGAUAUAAACUAUGCCAGACAGUGGGGCACUAUUUGUGACAGGCGAUUCACUAACGAUGAUGCAAAUGUAGUCUGCAAAAUGGCUGGCUUUAAUGGCGGUGUUGCAGUAAAAGGUGCCAAAUUCGGUGAGCUGGACUACGGUCGGGUUUGGGGAGAAGCACUCAACUGUCAAGGAACUGAACCAAUUAUAAAACAGUGCAGCAGAUACUCUUCUGUCUUUGGAAGCUCGACAACGUGCAAUCAUUCCAUGGACGCUGGAGUUAUUUGUGACCACACCCCAGUACGACUUGUUGGGGGCCAAUACCCGUAUGAAGGACGCCUUGAAGUAUAUCAUAAUGGAGCGUGGGGAACAGUUUGUAAAACAGGAUUUGAUGCUUCUACAGAUGGGGUCGCGUUUUGUGAAAUGCUUGGAUACAAUUACACAAAAUGGUUUCACGCUAAAGGUUAUUCAAUUUAUGGUUCUGAUGUUCGUGUUCUACAUGUGCGACACACGAACCUUCAACUGAGAGGUGGAUCAGGGGCAUGGGAAGGUAGUGUGGAAUUUCUUCUGGACUCUAUUAAUGCCUGGACAUCGAUAUGUGAUUCUGACUUUGGCGAAACGGAAGCAGAGGCUGUCUGUCGUAUGUUGGUUUAUAUUGGCAAAGAUGUCCACCAUGUAGAAUAUGCAGCAGGAUAUUUCCCAUCGAGCUACUCACCAAAAAUUGGAAAUUUGACCUGUACCGGAAAUGAGACAGAUAUUAGACAUUGUUCGGCGGUAUUCCGUACCAACUCUUCUUGUACGGCCAGUACUGCCGCCAGUAUUAAAUGUAGGAGUAUAAAUGUCAGACUUGUUGAUGGUCCACACAGCAGUGCGGGUAGAGUGGAAGUCUAUCAUGAAGGACGAUGGGGAACGAUAUGUGACAGUCAAUGGGAUGACGAGGAUGCCACUGUCAUAUGCAAAAUGUUGUCAGCGUAUCCAUACGAGGGUGAGGUGUUUGGUAAAGCUGUAAAAUCAUCAUAUUUUGGACGUGGUGAGGGUCCUGUCUGGCUUGCUGAUGUACGCUGUAGAGGAACAGAACAUGACAUUAAAGACUGCACAAAAAGCUGGGCAGGUGGUGUGAACUGCGACCAUACUAACGAUGCUGGAGUCAUAUGCAGUUACCCGUAUCAGAAGCGCCUUGCAAAUGGGAGAGACCAGUCUCAGGGACGUGUAGAAUAUCUCCAUUCUAGCUGGAGGGCGUACUGUGGACGUGGGUGGAAGGUGAAUGAUGGAAGAGUUAUAUGCCGUGAGGUAGGAUAUUGGAAUGUCGAUCCUGUUAUACGUUACAAUGCCUCUUAUGGACCGGGCAGUACGAACUAUGAUAUACGUCCACAGUGCGAGGGUGAAGAGGGAAGCUUUGAGAUGUGCCGAUUUGAUAAACAGUAUGCGACAGCCUCGUGCACAUCCGCGGAAAGUGUUGGUGUGGAAUGUCGCCCACAACCUGCCAACACGAAUAACGUUCUAGUGGUGGAUGGUGAAGGACCUUGGCGUGGACGACUCGAAAUUUUGACCAACAACACAUGGGGUAGCGUCUGCUACGAUUUCUGGAAUGCUACAACAGCCCUGAAAGCUUGCGAAACUUUAGGAUUCAAAUAUCUGAGUUCUGACGCAUCAAGUUUUAAAAUCUCAAGAGGACUCACACCAAUGCAUUUUAAAUCUAUCAUCUGUGAUGCAUCUGACUUGAACAUAGGUUUGUGCAAGGCCAACUUCAACAUCAGUGAAUGUGAGCAGAGACAUGCCGAGGCUGUAGGUGUUGAUUGCUCAGCUGGGAUAACAGUUACACUAUCACAGACAUAUUCCGGUCAGGUUAACAUCCACAAGGCAACAAAUGCAUCCGUGAAUUGGUCAGUUUGUCACAAUACUGUCGACACUAAUGUUGCCAAGACUAUAUGUGCAAUGGAUGGAUACAACAAUACAGCAAUAGUUAUAUCCGCUGUGUCAUCCAGUAACCCUGUCCUGUUUACAAAUAUAUCAUGCAAUGGCUGGGAAUCACACUUGUUACAAUGUACAACACAGAGGAAUGGACCUUCGUGCAGUCGGAAAGCAGCAGUGAAACGAACGGCAUUAUCUAGUGGUUAUCCGGGUUACUCGUCGAACACCGACUGUUUAAUUGUCAUCAACAAACAAGGGAAUACGGCAUUAAAACUGGAUUUCUCGGACUUUCAAGUAGCCGGUGACGGUGAUUAUGUAGAGGUAAAGGACGGAAAUGGAAAACAGUUAGGAUAUUUUACAACAAAUGAUAAUAUUCCAUUUCUAGUUUCAAAAGAAGGAUUCUACAUUCGUCUCAGAUCGAACGACAAUGACAACGCUAGAGGUUUUAAUGCUUCUUGGAGUCCUCUACGUAUAAUUGAUGCUGUACAUAUGGGAUGCGCUUCUAAGGGUUGGAAUGUAGCAGUGAAUAUGACCAUCCUGCGUGCACUAUAUCCGGACACGGGCGCAUCUCAGAUUAAACUGUCGGAACAAGAUUGUACAGGUCAGGUAAUCGGUGAUCUGGUUGUGUUCAAACAGAGCUACACAAAAUGUUCGACAACAUCAAAGACAACCGGAGAUACAUUGAUAUACGACAAUCAACUUGUGUACCCGGAGUCCAGGACACCUUUCCCAAUUAUAGUUCACGGAUAUAGAUGGAGGGUUGACGUAGAAUGUGAUGUAUCCAGAGUGGAAGAAGUAUCUACAAACUUCCAUCCAAACCGAACAAUUAUUAACGAAAACCAGCACGUUAGUUCCUCGUCACAUUACAAAUCAGAAGUGAAGUUUUUCUCUGAUGGUACAUUCUACAAGCAGAUAUUCGGCAACCCGAUAUCACUGAAAACUGGUGAGAAUGUUUAUGUGUCUGUGACAAUGAAUUCUGAUGAUGUUCAAGUGAAAAUGAGACUCCACACAUGUUAUACGAAGCCUGAUCCUAAUGCGAGACUCACAUAUCCACUUAUACAAAAUGGGUGCGUGGUUGACCCGGAUACACACAUUCUGUCACAGGGAACGCACGAGACCCGUUUCGUUUUCAGCGCCUUUGAGUUUCCACAGAGUCAUAACAGUGUGUAUAUAUUUUGUAACUCCACGUUCUGCAAGACUACAGAUACAAGCGACAGAUGUUCACAGGUUUGUCAUGGUUCACCUGCACUUGUCGGGCGUUCUCUUUGGACACUGGAUAGCUACGCAGACCGCCAGAAAAGAUUUAUGCUACCUUAGUUUCUGCAUUUCAUGUAACAGUAUCAUUGAAAAUAA